CCACACCUUUCCGGUGUAGCAGCACUCCGACCAGCUCGGCUUAAAGGAGAAAGACGAGAGCUGGGUGUAUUUAUCCAAAGAGGAGGGGAGAGAUAGGAGGGGGACGAGAAGUGGAGUUUCGUGAGUGAAUACUAGUGUUGCUGAAUCGCUGAGGAUUUCCCCCCCCCCCCCCCCAGAAGACGUCCCCCCAGCGAGGUGAAGGUAACCGGCACGAAGCUUUGAUGGACUAGCUGCAGAAAGCUGCUUUUCUCCCCCGGUAGUGCUGAAGAGAAGAAGGGCGCACCCGGCUAGGAGGACCGCCAGACACAAACACCAGAGGGACCCUACAAGUACCGCGGCUUUCUUUUGGGCCUUAUAUACAUGCCGUAUCUGCCCUGAGCGAAUUUUAUAAGCCACGGUCAGUUUUGUUGAUGCAGUUUUAUGUUGAUUUGGGCUACACAAUGAACGUCCUGCAACAGCUGCUGCCAAGUUUUUAGACUAACCGUGCCAUGGUGUGUGUAUAGGCCCUGCAAGCAUAGUGGUACUCUGAACAUAAAUGUCCCUGCAUCUCACAGGAUCCUGACGCACAGACUCGCAAGUAAAAAAAAGUCCAAGUACUGUUUCCUAGACUGAAAAUGAGCGUGUAUUUUUGACUUUUUGCUCCCCCACACACAUAUGCUCUUCGUUGAGUCAUGUUUUCACAAGUAAGCUCAUAAUCAAACUGAAGAUAUAAUCCAAGUGAAAAUAAUAAUCGGUGUGCUAUUUGCUGUUUCUCUCUUUACGAACCGAGUAUUUAUGCACAAGAUUUCAACAUGGGGAAAAUGCUCUCAAAGAUAUUUGGAAACAAGGAGAUGAGAAUAUUAAUGCUUGGACUUGACGCUGCUGGAAAGACAACAAUCCUUUACAAACUGAAACUCGGACAGUCCGUAACCACAAUCCCCACAGUCGGCUUCAAUGUGGAGACUGUCACCUACAAAAACGUCAAGUUCAACGUGUGGGAUGUUGGAGGCCAAGAUAAGAUUCGUCCCCUGUGGCGACACUACUACACAGGCACCCAAGGGUUAAUUUUCGUGGUGGAUUGCGCGGACAGGGAUCGCAUCGACGAGGCAAGGCAGGAACUUCACCGCAUCAUUAAUGACCGGGAGAUGAGGGAUGCCAUCAUCUUGAUAUUCGCCAAUAAGCAAGACCUUCCGGAUGCCAUGAAGCCACAUGAAAUCCAAGAGAAGCUCGGAUUGACCCGCAUCAGAGAUAGGAAUUGGUAUGUUCAGCCCUCCUGUGCGACCACAGGUGAUGGACUGUAUGAGGGCUUGACAUGGCUAACCUCAAAUUACAAAUCUUAAUGAUUGAGUGCUGACUGUUUUAGGUCAAAACUAUAAUAAAGUUGCAAAUAACAAAUAACUUCUCAAAUGAGUAUGGUUAAGAAAAAGUUGAUUAUCCCCCAUUUAUUUUUAAUACUGCGUUUACCCCAUGACUAAUUUAUCUUAAAAUGGGUUUGCUGGCUUAAAGUUUGCUUGUACUGUGUAGCAGGCCUAUAUCACAUUCAUUUUUAGGGGAGCUUGCUUGAUGAAUAUUGAAUGAAUUGGUCCUAUUGUUAAAGCCACAGAGAUCACCACCUUUGCCUGUUGUUUUUCCUGUUUUAUAUAAUUUUUCUAAUGGAGCUGGAGUUUUUAUCUUCAUUCUUGGACUAAAGCUGGUUUCAAGGGUCUUCAAUCUUUGUUGCAUUGAACUUGGAUCUUUUGGUUUUUUCUUUCUUUUUAUUUUCUUUUAAAGGUGAGAUCUUUAAUGUCAAGCAACCUACUUUGAAGGACUUUGACAUUUGUUUUAACACAGUACUGUGAUGAAAAGUGUUUCUUCUGAAUGGUAUUGACUGCUGCAAGGGGGGAAAAAAAGGAAUUGUCACUGCUCACAUUUCAUUGUCAUCAGUCUUGACAUCAGAGAAGAAAAAAAGACUUCAGACAUGUUUUGUUAUCCCUCUCCCAAUCCCCCAUAUGUGGGCUAUAUAGUUAACUGAUUGACCUUUUGUGUCAUGUCUUGAUACCUAAUUGUGCUGAAUAUUCAACAAAUAGGCCUCCAGUAACUCUUGAACAUGCUUGUCAGGAUGCAUUUUUAAUUUUGGGUAACACGUAGUCAGUCGACUCAAUCUCUCCAAAGGAAUGUCGUUCAGCUCUGAGCUCUCUCAAUCUGAUACCACAGUUGAUUAGUCUCAGUAAUGGGACAUUAUAUGAUAGCCUAUAUCUGUAGCAUGAGUACGAAAGUACAGUAACCCUCCAUCAGAGUCCAUCUGUCGUGCAGUCAGAGGGAGCUGCUUGCUGGUGAAAUGUUGAAGACACCUUGUGGUGCAGCUCUUACUCCUCUUUUGACUGGGGGAACCAUGUACAGAACAAUGUCAUUGUAAUGUCUUAUUAAAAAAGUGAUUU